AGAAAGAGGGAGACUGUGAGUCGCUGAGGGAGCAUAGAAUAUCGACGAAGUGUGCGGCGCGUUUUCCCGUUCUCCGAAAUUUUUCGCUCGAAUCUCAAAGUGACCGGCGCGGCGUGGCGACGUCUCGACGGUUGGGUGAGAUUUCUCGUUUUGAUUCUCGUCGCGCUUGUUCCUCAAGUUUUUUCUUUUUCAUUUUUUCGCGGACACACGGGAAUAAUUUUGUGAGAAGUGAUCUUCGAUUUCGACGUGUGCGAACGCGACGCGACGUCUCGUCGACGCGCAGACCGUCUGCCGGAGUCUCGCUCGGCUUGGCGCAUCCCCUGCAGCGGACUACAGGUGCAUCACUUUGUCGUCGUGUGGAAAUAUUACAAAAAGUCAAGGUGACGGAGAAAAAACCUAUAAAGCGAGAAAAAUUGGGUCACAGCCAUGAAAUCCACGAUCGCUCUGCAGCAGUUUAAAAAAUGCAUCAUCUUAUUUAUGAUAGGCAUCGGAUGUAGCUCCAUGACAUAUAUGAUUUACAUCACCGAUCCCACGUCCAUGAUAUUGGAAUAUAAUUUACAAUUGAAGCCGCACUCAUUGCUUUUCUCAAUAUGGCAGCAACCACCUCUUAAUAUUUAUUUAAACGUAUAUGUAUUUAACAUUACCAAUCCAGUAGAAUUUCUAAGUGGCAAAGAGAAGCUCAAAUUUGAAGAACUUGGGCCAUAUGUAUAUCAAGAAUUUCUUGUAAACGAUAACAUUACGUAUAAUGAUAACGGCACAAUGACUUACAUUCCCAGAAGAACGGUAGUUUAUGUUCCCGAACUGUCGACCAGAGAUCCUAUGAAAGAUAUAGUCCACGUCCCGAAUAUACCUUUCUUGGGCGCCACAUCCGCUUUGAGUAAUGCCGGAUUUAUGGUGAACUAUCCCUUUGUACAACUGACUAAUAUAAUGAAUGUGAAAUCGAUCCUCAAUAUUUCGGUGUACGAUUAUCUAUGGGGCUACGAGGAUUCAAUGGUAAAAUUGGCCAGUGGAAUCGUGCCGAAUUUUAUCAACUUCCAAAAAUUCGGUCUCUUGGAUAGGAUGUACGACGAGGGUGAGAACACCGUGACGAUGUUUAUUGAAAAGAAGGCUAACAUGAUGGAAGAGAAAGGGCGUUAUCUCAGCAUCGAUUUGUACAACGGCAGCCCCGGAAUGUCGCAAUGGGGAUACGUCGAAACGGAAGGCAAUGAGACGCGAAAAGAGAAUACAAUUUGUAAUAGGCUUCGAGGCGCCACGGAAGGUAUCGUGUACCCAUCGCACAUGGACAAGCGUGCCACUUUUAGAGUCUACAGAAAAGCGUUUUGUCGUCCGCUACCGAUUCAAUUUAGAAAAGAAGUUUGGGCGGAUAACGGCCUACCAGGAUAUCUCUAUACCCUCAGGGACGAUUUCGCUGAUCCGCCCGAUCAGAACCCAGAUAACGAAUGCUAUUGCCGUAAAAUGAAGACGUGUCUGAAGAAAGGAUUGUCUGACGUAACACCGUGCUACUACAAUAUCCCGGUGGCGGUAUCGCUCCCACAUUUCCUCGGUGCCGACCCGAGUUUGCUGGAAAAUAUCGAGGGUCUUAAGCCUGAUCCUGAGAAGCAUGGGUCUUACGCAAUUCUGCAGCAAACGAUCGGUGUGCCCAUAUCCUUUCGCUCUAGGGUGCAGUCAAAUCUGAUAAUGCAACGCUCACGCUACAAUUCGAAACUUGCGGUAUUCGAUGACCUCGCGAUACCCUUAUUUUGGAGCGAUUUGUACAUUCUGUCGCUGCCGACCUAUCUGACGAUUUUAUUGAAGUUAAUACUCCGAAUAUUACCGAUCGCACAGACGGUGUUGAUGUAUGUGCUCGGUAUUAUCGGGGUGACGACGUCGGUGUUAUCGUUGAUAUCCAUUGUAUGGAUACUCAAUCACCAACAGCAACAGGAGCAGGAAAUGGACAGGAGUAAUCCCGAUUUGAGGAUACCCUUAUGUAAUGGCCAAUAUACCUCAAUCAAUAUUUUACCGACGAUCAAGAGAAUCACGUCGAAGACAGAUUGUUUGAUAGACAAUUAGAUGCCGUAGUGAAUGUUCGCGCAUCAGUGUGGAAGUACGGAAGAGAUGCGAUCUUUUUUAUGAACACUUACAUGUAUCACCGGUGCGCGGUCCACUGCAGCAAUCUUGAAAUGAAGCGAAUCAAUGGAAUCGCCUUAUUCUCUUUAGGAUGAAUUUUUUACCCGCAACAUCACACAAUGGCGGAACACUGCACGAGAUCAUCAUUAUUGCGCGAAGGAAAUUUAGGCAAUGCACAAUAAAAUGUACAUAUAAACGGAUGAUAUGUUGACCAUAUUUACGAUAUAUAUUAUAUAUCUCGAUGCAAGUAUUUAAACUGUAAGUUUCAAACACGGAAAAGAUUUAGAUAAGCUUUCGGAUGUUUUUAUCGUGUAUAUCUUUAGUUAAUUAUUUUAAUAUACUCAGCUAAAGAAUUGUUCAAAUGAUAAAUGCAUCUAUGUUAAUUGUGUAAUUAAAGUGAGAAAUAUAAGUUGUAAUUAUGACAUAAUAGCAUUGUAAAUGAUGGUAUGUAGGAAUAUUAAAUUAAUACAAUUUUUUAAUUUUUAUGACUUAGUAUGUACCCUUCAGUUAACAUAUUUAAUUUAUCGUCACGUGAAAUGUUUCAUAUUACUAAGAUAUAUUAUUAUUAUUUUUAGUAUAGAACGACAGUUGUUGUGCAAAUUAUAAACGUAACAAGAAAUUGACUAAUUGUUUUAUAAUUAAUUUCAGAUACUGGAUUAAACAAGAAAAAAACUUUACGAAAAAGCAGAGAAUUGAUUGUUGUCUUUAAUCUUGUAGGACAUAUGAGAUCAUGAAUAAAUUUAAUUUUGAUUUAUUCAGAUGAAAAAAUAUAUUCCUUUUCUGUAGUCUGUUUGAUAUGAAAUUGAUAUUAUAAAUAAGUAAUCGAUGAUGACAAAAUAAUAUAGUAGGUUUGAAUGUGUGGGUAUGUGGUUUUAGUUUUUUAUAUAUUUCUGCUAAGUCUAUGAACCGCUAAAAAAAGAAUGUUAUUGCGUAAUCUUUUUAUACUGUAAUGCUAAGUUAAUUUAUUCGUACUGUUUUUUGCAUAUAUAAAAUGAUGUAUUAACGUACACUUUUACAAUAAGCGAUAAAAUAUUACGAAGUUAGUCGAGAAAAGUAAAGCAUGAUAAAAAUAUUUUACUUUUUGUACCAAAUAUGUGGCAAUUUAUACGUUGUUAGUAGUCCAUUAUUAUAAGUCCAUUUAUUUGAAUGUUCUAAGUGAAUAAAAAUAUAAUGAGAUGA